AUGGAUGAGUAUGAGGUGAUUGGGGUGACCUGCUGUACAGCUUGCUUGUUUCUCCGGUUUGACACGGUGUAUAUUAAGCGAAUUCUGCUUUCUCACUUAUUCCCUGUUGUGACGGAUCUUGGACAGAUCUUCCGUGACACAGGUUAUGAUGUUAGAGCUGUUAUUCAGGACUAUGAUACGACAAAAGUUCUCCAUGGAAUGGCUCUGGUCUUUCUUGUCAUCACGUUUGCUAUUCUACUUCCGGUUGUAUUUGGCAUUUCUGGUAUCUGUAGCAACAAAACUUGGCUUUUAGCUAGUAAUAUUGUCGUUUUGGGAAUUCUUGUGAUUACUCAAACCGCCCUCAUCAUCACGUGUGCACUUCGUGCCGAUAUUGUGAAGGGAUGGCUGAGAAGUCCUCUGAAGAUGUCCCUACAGACUCAGUACAGAGGAGAUGUAGCUAUGGACUCUGUAUCCGUCACAUGGAACCUGGUGAUGAUCAAAUUUUCCUGUUGUGGCGUAGAUAGCGGGAGGGAUUUUGAAUUUUCUCGAUUCAAUCGUGAUUUUACGUUGAAAGUCUUUAAUCAGACAGUGUUGCUAAGCAACUUGCAGACACCUUUAGCCUGUUGCAGUAGUGCUUCGAGGACGACAUUUUAUGAACCCGGUGCAUGCGCAAAGUAUCCCAUCCAGCGAGAGCUUACCCAUUAUUUUGAGGGCUGUCUGGACAAGAUCUGGAGAUAUGUCUCCCAGUAUUCCGAUACCCUAAUACUGUCUGCGGUCGGAGUCUGCGCAUUAGAGGUGUUACAGGCAGUUUUGGCGUGUGUUUAUGUGGAAUGUUUAAAACGAGACCGGAAGGACCAGAGAAGACGAUCAUUGAGAACUUACAGAAAAGGAAGUGAUUUUUUCUUUCCUUCAUUAGCGGAGGAGGAGAGCGAAAUAAAAUAUUAACAACUUUACAAUACAA